CUUGCUGACUUUGUUUCCAUUAGAGUUUCUCGCUCCCUUAUCAAGUAACUCCUCGGCUCUACGUAUUACGAAUCCGAGGCCAAGCCUUAAGGGGUGUAAAAGCUGUGGAGGUAAUUAUAGUUUCUUUAUCAUCUCUGGCGGAAUUUUACGUUGUAUUACAGUAGGACGCCGAUAUGACGAACCUCUAUAACGACUCUGAGUCCUUGGUAAACUAACGAUAUGCUAUAGCAAAAGUAAUAGUGAUAAUUAAAAAUCUCGAUUUAAUGAGACCUCAUUAUAGUUAACUUUGCCAGUCAACUGGCUCACUUUUAACUCGGUUCGUAUUUACUGUAAUUUCCAAACAUUUAGAUCGACUAUAUAUAUAUAUCAUGAAGCUACCAACACUGGAGCGUUUUAUACUUUCUUUACGUAGGGUCACUAUCCAGUCUGGAAAGUUCUAAGGAUGAUUUUGAAGAGCCAUUCGAUGACUCAUCGGGAAGACAGUCGAGACGAGUGGAGUGUAAACGGACUUCUCGGUGGCAAAAAAGCAGAACUUCGACACGGCUAAGAAGCGAAUCAUCACAGACUAAAGAAUGUAAGAACAGUCAAACUGUUGCCACUUUCCUCAUUUCUAUAGUGUAACAGAGUUGAGACUUUGACUGGACUUAUUUUUUUUAUCCUUUUUCUGUCUUUAGUUCCCAAAAAGUGCAAUGUUUGUGAUCUAUGAAUAUAUGAAAACACUGAAUUUUUAAUUAAGAAGAACUUCACCCCAUGGCGGUUUCCUUAGUUUUUCUCCCCGGGUUUGUUUUACAGAUAACCUCGUAUUAACUGCACUUUGCUUCGCGUACAUCCGUUGCCAUUACCGCGAGGACAACAUUGUGCGAUUCCUUACUAUCUUGACAUUUUCUUUUCACGUUUUUCUGUUGUUUUUGGUUUCAGAUCAUUUCAGGUAUGAGGGAGACUUCGAUACUAAAGGUGUUAUUCACUACCUCGGUCUCAGUGCUGGAGUCAGUAUGUGGCUGAAUCCUGCGCGAGUAUCGUCAUCCGGAGUGAAAGUAACCUACGACGAUGGUAAUGGUCGUGGAGACCCUGAAAAUAUCUUGGAAUAUUUCACCCCAGUCAACAGUUCCACACGAUCGGGAUGGUGUCUGGAUUUGGGAGAUUACUACACGCUGCGGCUUACCGACUACACUGUGAGGCAGCUCGGAAGCAAUGACAGAAACUUUCUUCAAAACUUUGAGCUCCUUGGUAGGCUUUGUAAUGACGAUGAUUGGUUUGUGCUGGGCAGGCAUCAUCAAGUUGAUUGGAGGUCGCAGCGUUUUUCACAUAUGCUGUCAGGAAAUAGAGACUUGUCAUAUAAAACAAAAACAUGGUCUGUGAAAGGGGAAGUAAGAGCUUACCGCCAGUUCAAGAUAGUUCAGAUAAAAGACAUGUCGACCAGUGUGCCGGGCACGCAUGCUAUGUCCCUGGCUGGUAUCGAGCUAUAUGGAGUACUCAGUGUGCCAUAUUUGGACUAG